UUUGCUUUUGCUAAUAAGACAAACAUACUUCCUAAUGUAAGGCGAUCCUAAUAGUUGACUGGUCCGUGCAUUCACAGAAGCAGCCUUUAUCCAGUCUGCCAUCCCGGAAGCAGAGGAAUUUGGGGGUUGGGUUAGAGAAACAUAGCAGCUCCGCGUGCGGUAGAGAGACCGCACGGAAACAAACACUCACACCGCGUAACAAAAUACCGAAGACGUGACCUCAAACUACACGGAUACAACCACCAUAAACAUCGUUCCGGAAUGGAUAAGCGGCAAAGACAGUAGUCUCGGGUGGGACAGAGGAGGAUGGGCGCAGAGUCCUGGUGUCGGUGUAGAUGUCUCUCGGUCGGCUCUUGCGACGCGCCUCCUCCAAGGCCUCGGACCUCCUGACCUUUAACCCAGGGUCGGCGGGUUCGCGGAACGGCUUGGACGGGGAGAUCAUCUUCUCCAAGAACAAUGUGUGUGUGCACCCUGCCGAGCCCCUCCCGGGCCUGCCCGAACACCACCCAGGGUACCUGUGUGUGCACAUGGAGAAGGAUGAGAGCCUGGGAACCACUCUGAUCCUCACCUGGGUUCCCAACUCCCGCAUCCAGAGACAGGACGAGGAGGCCCUGCGUUACAUCACCCCAGAGAGCUCACCUGUCCGCAGGAACGCUCGGCGCAGGCCCCGCAGGCCCCACUCCCGACACCCUCCCGCCCAGGAGGAAGAUGAGGACCGGGAGGAGGAGGAGGAGAGGAUUGGGAAUGGAACUGGGAUUGGAGGGGCCCUGGGUCUGGAGGCCAGCAUAGAGCCCCCUCCUCCCCAGCAACAGCAGUCCCAGUCUGGGACGGAUGAGGGGGACGAGGGGUCCUGUGAGCUGUCGGCUGACGAGGUGAGCAGGGACAGCACCAUGGGCUCGGACUCAGACACCUUCUCCUCACCCUUCUGUCUGUCGCCCGUCAGCGAGUCCCUCUUUGAGAGCAGCGGCUCUGUGUUCCUGGACAACGAGAGCAGGGAGCUGUGCGACGAGUCCAUGACCCAUUCGGCUAGCUCCGCCUCCAGCCUGGACAGCCACGCUCCCUCUGAGAACAACAGCCAAUCGCAGGGCAUGCGGUGGGAGGAACAGCAGAAGGUGCUGGCGUUGGAGCAGCUGGGGGGAGUGUUCCGGGUCGACCUGGGUCACAUGAGGUCGCUCCGCCUCUUCUUCAGUGAUGAGGCGUGUAAUAGUGGUCAGCUGGUGAUCGCCAGCAGGGAGAGCCAGUAUAAGGUCCUCCACUUCCACCACGCAGGUCUGGACAAGCUGGCUGAGGUCUUCCAACAGUGGAAGUGCUGCAGAGAGACGCAGCUCAAAGACCAGGUAGUGGAUGAGAAGUCAUGUAUGCAGUUCUCCAUCCGGAGGCCCACCCUGCCGUCCACUGAGACCCACCCGGAGGAACGUCUGUACCGCCGCCUGGACGUCACCACCUGGCUCCGACACCUCAACCACAACGGACAGGUGGAGGAGGAGUACAAGCUACGCAAGGCCAUCUUCUUUGGGGGCAUUGACCCAUCCAUCCGCGGGGAGGUGUGGCCCUUCUUACUGCACUACUACAGCUGUGACUCCUCCUCCCAGGAGAGAGAGGCCUGGAGACUGCAGAAACGCUCUGAGUACCACCACAUUCAGCAGAGGAGGUUGUCUAUGAGUCCUGAGGAGCACAGUGACUUCUGGAGGAAGGUUCAGUUCACCGUGGAUAAGGACGUGGUGAGAACAGACCGCAGCAACCACUUCUUCAGGGGAGAGAACAACCCCAAUGUGGAGAUCAUGAGGUGUGUGCUGCUGAACUACGCGGUGUUCAACCCACAGAUGGGCUACUGCCAGGGCAUGUCUGACCUGGUGGCCCCCCUGCUGACCGAGGUGCAGGAUGAGAGUGACACGUUCUGGUGCUUCGUAGGCCUGAUGGAGAACACCAUCUUCAUCAGCUCUCCCCGCGACGAGGACAUGGAGAGACAACUGAUGUACCUGAGGGAGCUGUUGCGUCUGAUGCUGCCCCGGUUCCACCAGCACCUGACCCAGCUGGGGGAGGACGGCCUACAGCUGCUGUUCUGUCACCGCUGGCUCCUACUCUGCUUCAAACGGGAGUUCCCCGACACAGAGGCCCUGCGUAUGUGGGAGGCCUGCUGGGCACACUACCAGACGGACUACUUCCAUCUGUUCGCGUGUGUGGCCAUCAUCGUGCUGUACGGUGAUGACGUGACGGAGCAGCAGUUAGCCACCGACCAGAUGUUGCUCCACUUCAGUAACCUCUCCAUGCACAUGAAUGGAGAGCUGGUGCUGCGCAAGGCCCGUAGUCUGCUCUACCAGUUCCGUCUGUUACCCAGAAUCCCGUGCAGCCUCCAUGACCUGUGUAAGCUGUGCGGUCCAGGGAUGUGGGACAGUCGCUACAUCCCGGCCGUGGAAUGUUCUGGGGAGCACCCCGACUCCCAGAGCUGCCCCUAUGGAGGCACAGCCACCCCCCAGCCCUCGGCCUCCCCGUCACCCUCACCCAACCCCACCCCACUCCCCGAGGGCAAGAGAGGCUCCAAGACCAGAGACAUCUUCAUGUUUCGGAAGCAGUCCUGAGUUGAAAUAGGGGGGAGGGAGACAAUGGUGCUAACUAUAACUGUUGAGUAGAUCAGAAGCUGCAGUACCACUUUUCUGCCACAAGGAUUCCCAACAUACUGUAUGUGCUUCUCUGAUACUUCUCUUCACACUCUCCCCCUUUUCACAAUCCCCAUCUUAUUAAAGGGAUUUUCCACCUGAUCCUUUUGUCCGGUGUGACAUGGAACACUGCCUUAUAAGAAUGUAUAUUUAUUUGGAACAUUCAGUACCACAGACACUUGGCACUACGGUUCCCAUGAAGAAGCUGCUGCUCUGCUAUUGGAGGAGAUUGGACAAUCAUCACUCUGUUGGACUGUAACCUUUCAGGGUCCACACUGUGGUCUAAGGUUGCUGGACUGGAUUCAACAUGACUCCAACGGUCAAAUACUGACUUGAAGGGGAAUUGUUGAGAUUUGAACUCCAUUGAAAGGUUUUCAUAUGCUCACAAUGGAAUGUUUGUGUGAAUAAUGGAAUGAUAUAUUAUCUCAGCAUAUUGCAAUCAGGCUGAAGCCUAUUAACACGACACACGUAUAAACCUCCAUCAACCAAGAGAGGCAGGCUGUCAUUUCAACUGUCAGUAAGUUGAAAUGUUGUUACUUUUCAAAUCAUAUAUUUUUUUCUGUUCCCUUCAAAGAGGGAGUGUGUGUAUCUGUGGGUUUGCGAUUACAAUAUUUAGCAAUAUAGUACGAUUAUAUCCUUGCAUGAGCAACCCUUUAAGUAUAAAGGGCACAACCUGUUUAGCUAAUAACACAAAGCCAAAACAGAGGUGUGUGUGUAUAUAGGGAACUGUUUCCACAACAAGUUUUCUACAAACAUCUAUAUCAGACUCCUGUUCAGAAACCUGCUAAUUUAUUCUUACAUUAUCAGAUGACACUGCCUGUCAGGCUGAAGGAAGGUGGGAUUUCAUUUAUCUUUGAUAAGAGGGGAUAUGAAUAAAUAUGGCAUCUAUCAAAGCAAUAGGGAUUAAACAAUUAAAAGUUAGACUAGAUGUAGAGCUUAAAAAAUAUGCGAUGAUGGUUGUGGAUAUCCCAUUACCAGUCAGUGUACAGUUUGGUCAGCUAGCUACAUAUCGAAUAUGAGAUCAUGUGUUUAAGUUUACUUUAAGUUUGUUUUUGUUAAAAAAUGUCAGAUAGGGCGGUUGUGUAAAAGCUCAGUGUUUUUGUUUUUCCAUAUCUAGAAACACAUUGACCUCCACCUUGACCUCCAAGUGAAUGAACACCACCAUCGUUGUCACUGCACUAAACAAUAUUAUAAUUCAUUAGAUUUGUACAGCACAGCUUCAAUCAAAUACAAUGAAAUCUCAAGGUUCUUCACCUGCACCAACCAAGUGAAUUUGUCCAUAUGAAUGUAUCCACUUUGUUACUUUCUAAUCUCUUGACUAUUUAUUUCACGUGUGUGUGUGUGUGUGUGUGUGUGUGUGUGUGUGUGUGUAAACAGCAGUGACCUCCCAACAUCUGGUAAUGAGUUGGGGAGCAGCCACCAAUAGGCCUCCACUGACUGAUCUCCUCAUUUACACAACACAUCAUCACAGAGCGGGUGAAGGAACCAACCAAAGAGGAAUGGCAGCUCUGUACCCAACCUGCUCCAAAUACUAUUUGAAAUAAUUUUAAAUGGUUUAUUUGUGGUUGACUGAGCUUGCCUGGCUGAGUAAUAGGCCAAUAGAUUAGUCCCAAAAGGCAGGCAGAUGACACCAAAAGAUUAAAGUAUUUGAAAGAUUUGAAUGAUUGAAUUUAAAUGUAUUUCCCAGAGAACUAUCAAGUGAAGUGUUGAGAUCUGCAUGUUUCCUGUCAUCUGUGAGUUGUCACGGUGGCGAGGGUUCUGGGGGUGGGUGGACGAGUGCCACUCCUGGGGGGAAAACAUCUUCAAAUGGCCACUAAAAGGUAACAUUAGGAUCUUCAAGCUGCUUCCCCUCUCUCUCCCGCUCAACAUGCAGUCUCUGCAAAUGACAUGCAUUACUGGCCCCUGCGUCCAUUAGUCAUCUGUGGCUGCUGCUCGCUGAAAAAGCCUGGAGAUUUAGAAGAUUGUACCAACCACUUUAUAAAGGGCUAACCGAUGGAUGGUAACGUGGUUUGGAAAAUAAUUGGGUGGCAAGGCAGCGGGGCUUUGUGUGUGUGUGUGUGUGUGUGUGUGUGUGUGUGUGUGUUUAUUUACUUGCUUAUCUCGAUUCUUCAUCUCUUUCCAUGAACUGUUUAUCUCACGUUGAAACUGUUUCUGAACGUGAGUCACUGUAACAUGUCUUUGGGUUUAGUUGUAUUUCAAAAUGUUUGUGACCGAGUUAUCACUGAAUGUAGAGUUCUAUAAUAAUACACAGGCCACUGAUGAGGGCCUACUGUGGUCCUGUGCUAUAGUGUAGUCCACAUACAAGACUGGCUUUCACAUGCUGCAGGGCCGUGGUGAAGGCAGAAACGUUGGUGAUUUGAAAUAAAUGGUGUAAAUGGAACUUAAAUUUUUCACACACUUGUCUCUCUGCAUUCUGACCUUGAACUUAAGCAUGGGGAAAUGCAUGUGCCAGCUAGCUCGUUUGGGAGGAGAUCACAUAAAUGGCGGUCUGGCAGAGGUGUGUCUACAGAUACUCUACAUGUAUUCAGAACUUGAUUUCUGACCCUAAUAACUUCCACACCGUUAUGCUAUUUUUCCAUGAAGUAGGAUUUGUGAUUAUUCCCUAAACAAAUGUGUGUAAAAUCACUGUUUUUAAAUCUAAUGGUGGGUUCUGAAAUGGAGACAAUUAUCCACUGAUUGUACAAAACAUUAGGAACAUGACUCAAUUCGUUGGGGCAUGGACUACAAGGUGUCAAACCUUCUACAGGGAUCCUGGCCUGUGUUGACUCCAAUGAUUCCCACAGUUGUGUCAAGUUGGCUGGAUGUUCUUUGGGUGGUGGACCAUUCUCUAUACACACAGGAAGUGGUUGAGUGUGAAAAACACAGCAGUGUUGCAGUUUUUGACACACUCAAACGGUUGCCCUGGCACCUCCUACCAUACCCUGCUCAAAGGCACUUAAAUAUUUGUUCUUUCCCAUUCACCCUCUGAAUGGCACACAUGUCCAUGUCUCAAUUGUCUCGAGGCUUAAACAUCCUUAUUUAACCUGUCUCCUCCCCUUCAUCUACACUGAUUGAAAUUAAAAUAAUAGGUGACAUCAAUAAGGGAUCAUAGCUUUCACCAGGAUUGGCCUGGUCAGUCUGUCAUGGAAGAACAUGCUUUCUACACUGUGUGUAUGUUUUCAUGGCUAUCUUUCCAUAUUGUGAACACAUUCUCAAUAGUCUACAUUCUAGUCUGGUGCCGACCAAAUUCAAAUUAAAGGUACACUGUAUUAAAGGGAUUAUUUUAGAUGAAAGAACAGAAAAACAAAUUUAACAACAACUCCCUCUUCAAAUUGGUAGGCUACCCAGCGGCUGUGUAUUCUGGGGUGGAAUUAUAUUUAUCGAGUGUGCGCAAGGGAGCCACACCCGCAAACCUUGUUACAUACCUUCAUUCGGUAAAAGCCGAUUUAUGGUCAAUUGGACAUCUGCAGAACCAGUACAGCAUUUACAGCAAUGGGGCCUCUGCAGAAGUCAGAGCAUUCAGACUUCUUGUGCUUCAGGGAGCUGUCAUAGGCAUCCAAUAAAUAGUUCUGCACCGCACCACUCGUAGUGAUUCAGGGCUAAUCUCUAUAGGCAUCCAGCUAAUUACGAGCAACUGACUAAACGAAAAGACUAGACCUUACCGCUUCUGAGAUGUUGGAGUCCGUUUCCCGGUGCUUGAUAUAAGAGCACAGCCAAGAUGGCAUGAAGUUAAAAGGCUGCACUGUUUUCCCACCUGCAUCUCCAUCCUGAAUCUUCUCACUGCCCCCCAGAAAAAUUAGCCUACAUUUAGGCUAUUGUUUGUGUAUUUCAGGUAAACAUCGCAGUAUAAUGCUGGUAUGGAAGUCAACCCAAAUACAUGUCCAUGUCAUCGUUACCAAUCAACUGCAUUACAGUUAAAAACGAUCGUCUACCACCACCCAUUUCUCUAUGCUAGCUAAAAGUGUUUCUUCUAAACGUUAUGCAGCGAAAACAAUCAGAUUUUAGUAGCCACAUUGUGAGCCUGUUGCAAUACCUCAAUCAUGACGGAUUUGAUAAAUAUCCACUUUGUUAGAAUCAGAUUUGUUGAAUAUGCGCCUAAUCACUCUCCUUCUAUCCCAAACGGUCUGAAUUUCAUUAACCUCUUUACCGCGUCUAUCACCAUUACAUCCCCGAUCUCUUUCCAGGAGUUAAAAUACCUUUUGGUAUCUUUUGAAAUCCAAACACAAGGUAUCAUAAAGAUGUAUUUUAUUUUUGAUCUUGUUAUAAUAGCCUUUUGUCAAAGAUUCUCCAUGUGUGUUGUCAAUGAAGUGAGUUUGUGUUUAUACAGGAUGUACCGCCCCCACCUACCGUCAACCAAUCAUGUCAAUGUGGAGCUAUGCGGAGCCCUCCACAUUGUAACAUUUAGGAGGUGCAUGACAACGCAGUACAGAGCUUAAUUUGGCCUCUGCAAGCUUCCGGAUGCUCCUCAAUUGUGUCACGCGUCCAUACGGAGCCUCCGGACCACAUUCCUAGAUCAACCAUAAAUCUUCUUUCAGUCUGAAUAGCAACUACUGAGAAGUGAGUAGGAAAAGGCAUACAUUUCCUAUGUCUGAAUCGGACGCAAAAUGAAAGAGAACUCAAAAACAGCGACAGACUACUUGGACUUGUCAAAUAAGAAACCAUUUUUCUGUUUUCCAUUUGAAACAGUUUUACAAUUAUUUAUGUUGCUAACAAACAAGAACCAGAUAGAAUCGGUGUCUGACAGUAAAGGGUUGUUAACAUGGUGACAGUAUAGGUGUUUUUCCUCGAGUUCCACCCUGAAAACUAGGCUAUUUAGUACACAAUCUAACCUGGAAUGAUUGUUUACUGUAGCUUCUCAUUAUGGUUGGAGGACUGUAUCACGUGCUGGAUUCUUAAACUGCCUGUCAUCAACAUCUGUUAAGAUAGCAUCAGAAUGAUCGCCAGGUGGCCUUGUCUUGGAGAGCAACAGGGACACUCAAACCAGGGUUGCCAGAUGUGUAUAAAAUCCCCCGGUCUCUGCUUUUACUCAUGUUGGAUCAAUUGAAGUCUUAUAAGAAGAUGGUCUCUGUCUAUUUAGUUUAAGAUAUCACUGCAACUCUGACGUAUUUAUCAUAGUUCAUAAUUUGAAAAAGGGGAGGUCGCUGAAACUAGCUGACAAAAAUGUACUAAUAUGACAUUUAGAUAUGUAAAAUAAAUUGGACAUGAUUUCAAACUGUGAUAAUGUUCAUUGUAGUUCACUGGCUGAUGCUGCAGGCCUAUUGGCCGGUUUCACCCUGAGUGACGCUGCUGCCUCUCAGAUUUUAACCAAAGAAAUGCCACGACUAGAACGGACAUCCCCAUUCAAGUGAAUGAUCUUUAAUUGGUGGAUCGGCAGCCAUGUUGAGUGUAACCAUUAGAAUGCACGUUUUUAUUUCCGUUCUAAUAACUAUAUUUCUAUGCUUGGAACUGACUGCAAUUACACAACCCAUUAGCAGCUGAUUGAUAGCCCCUGUCAGGCUUAAUGCUUUUCAAGAGCAGUAAACCAGAUAAAGGGAAAAUGACAAUAAAUACAUAAAUGAAUAAAACGCCACUUCUCAUUACUCCUAUCUACAGUCUCCUUUGAGUAACUCCUGUGAGGUUCAUCUACACAACAACAUUACUGUUGAAUGAUGAUGGAAGCUGACUGAGGAAUUGCACAUGUGAAGGAAGAGCACUAUAAGAUCUGUGGGGGCCCGUAUUCAUGAACCUUCUUAGAGUAGGAGUGCUGAUCUAGGAUCAGGUUUCCCCCUGAACAUUUAAUCUUAUUCAUUAUGAUCUAAAAGGCUAAACUGAUCUGUGUGCAGCAGCAUUGCAGGAAAAGCAGAUGUUGUCAUCUUCUGCCUUCAUGUUCAUGUAAAGUGGUCAUCUGAGAGGCGCUCAUCGUCAUGUGCUGCUUUGCCUAAACCUAUAGUGGCAAGGUGGAUUAAACAGCUGUCAUCACAGCUCUGUGUGAUUGAUAAGAUCUGAGGUGUAACUGUAAGUGCUCUAUCCAUCUCAGACUUGGGUGGAAGCCCAACCAACCAAUCAGCACCGUCUGCAACCUCACACUGCUGCCACCAUAGACAUACAGACACGUUCCAGUCAGUACCUCUGCCACUGUGCCACACCUACAGCACUAUCUGUGUGUGUGUGUGUGUGCGUCAGUCUCUGUGUUUUCCAUUAGAAUUUGUAUGCUGCAGAUCAGUGUGGGUGUGUGAUUCAUCUGUGUGUUCCUCCUUUAUCACAUCUAUCUGUUUCUCAGCGUUGUGUGUGUGUGUGAGGGUAUGCCUGCCUGCCUAAGUUCAUACCUGCGUUCAUGGUCCUUCUGUAGCUCAGUUGGUAGAGCAUGGCGCUUGUAACGCCAGGGUAGUGGGUUCGAUUCCCGGGACCACCCAUACAUAGAAUGUAUGCACACAUGACUGUAAGUCGCUUUGGAUAAAAGCGUCUGCUAAAUGGCAUAUAUUAUUAUUAUUAUUAUUAUGCCUGCCAAUGUGCAAGCCAUGCCUGCCUGUUUGUGUGUUUGUCUCUCCAAGCUUCCCUUACUGAAUUGCAGCCAACAAUCUACCCCCCCCCAUCUCUCUCCCGCUCUCUUUUCUUUGAGUGACAGUGUGGGGCCUGGCCCCUCCCUCUCCCUCCCCUGCUGUGGGUCUGCAUUGACCACUGGGCUAUUGCCCCUUAAUUAUCAAUUACAGGGCCACACUUCCACACCUGGAGACAGGCUGGGCUGAGAAUGAGUUUGGCCCAUUAGGGUGGACCCCGGCUGGGCUGUUUAUCGAGGGGGCUGGGCGGUGUGGUGCGGAGGUGUUAAUGGACCUGCCACUGCCACAGUCAGUCACCACCAUAAAACAGUAGUGAAUGGAGAGUGACGGGGAAGCUUGGUGCUUGUGGAAGCUACUAUGUUCUCUGUGUUCAUUGGCACAUUUCCUGAUAUUGGAUUUUAUGUUUGUUUUGGUUCAUUGUUUUGGAAUUUAUUAAGGUUAUAAAAAACAGUUUUUUAAAUUACUGACGUUUUCCUGUUAAUUUGUUCUAACUCAAGAUAUGAUAUGUUGUGUUCUUUCAGUGCAGUAACAGUAGUCCAGAAUAAACUGGUCUUAUGGUGACAUA